UUCCGCUGGGAGUCGCAUCCUACCUGGUUAGGAGGUGUAUUGCCAUUCCACACUCUCCCAGCUCCUACUCACUGGGCUGCUGCUGAGGUGGGAGGCAAAGUCCUGGUUCGGAGAUUGGGCAGUGUUAACAGAAAAAGAGAUCCCGAUGGGUUCUUGGAAAGCUUUUCUCUUCUCCCCUUUUCUUCUGUGGAGUCAAAGUAGAGGGGUGAGGUUGAUGUUCUUAUUAUUGACCCUGCAUUUGGGAAACUGUGUUGAUAAAGCAGAUGAUGAAGAUGAUGAAGAUUUAACAGUGAACAAAACAUGGGUCUUGGCACCAAAAAUUCAUGAAGGAGAUAUCACACAGAUUCUCAACUCAUUGCUUCAGGGCUAUGACAAUAAACUUCGUCCAGACAUAGGAGUGAGGCCCACAGUAAUAGAAACUGAUGUUUAUGUAAACAGCAUUGGACCAGUUGACCCCAUAAAUAUGGAGUACACAAUUGAUAUAAUUUUUGCCCAAACCUGGUUUGACAGCCGUUUGAAGUUCAACAGUACCAUGAAAGUGCUCAUGCUUAACAGUAAUAUGGUUGGAAAAAUUUGGAUUCCUGACACUUUUUUCAGAAAUUCAAGAAAAUCAGAUGCACACUGGAUAACAACUCCGAAUCGCCUGCUGCGGAUUUGGAAUGAUGGACGAGUUCUAUAUACUCUCAGAUUGACAAUUAAUGCAGAAUGUUACCUUCAGCUUCAUAACUUUCCUAUGGAUGAACAUUCUUGUCCACUGGAAUUUUCAAGCUAUGGAUAUCCUAAAAAUGAAAUUGAAUAUAAGUGGAAAAAACCCUCUGUGGAAGUGGCUGAUCCUAAAUACUGGAGAUUAUAUCAGUUUGCAUUUGUAGGGUUACGGAACACAACUGAAAUCUCUCACACAAUCUCUGGCGAUUAUAUUAUCAUGACAAUUUUUUUUGACCUGAGCAGACGAAUGGGAUAUUUCACUAUCCAGACCUACAUUCCAUGCAUUCUUACAGUUGUUCUUUCUUGGGUGUCUUUUUGGAUCAAUAAAGAUGCAGUACCUGCAAGAACAUCACUGGGUAUCACUACCGUUUUGACUAUGACAACCCUGAGUACAAUUGCCAGGAAGUCUUUACCUAAGGUUUCUUACGUGACUGCGAUGGAUCUCUUUGUUUCUGUGUGUUUCAUUUUUGUUUUUGCAGCCUUGAUGGAAUAUGGAACCUUGCACUAUUUUACUAGCAACAAAAAAGCAAAGACUACUAGAGACAGGAAGCUAAAAAGCAAGGCCUCGCUAUCCCCUGGUCUCCAUGCUGGAUCCACUCUGAUUCCAAUGAAUAGCAUUUCUCUGCCGCAAGGAGAAGAUGAUUAUGGGUAUCAGUGUUUGGAGGGUAAAGAUUGUGCCAGCUUCUUCUGCUGCUUUGAAGACUGCAGAACAGGAUCUUGGAGGGAAGGAAGGAUCCACAUACGCAUUGCGAAAAUUGACUCCUACUCGCGAAUAUUUUUCCCAACAGCUUUCGCACUAUUCAAUCUGGUUUACUGGGUUGGUUAUCUUUACUUAUAAAUUCCAUUCCUAAACAAAAAAUCAUAAAACAUCUGGCUAAAUCUGAUGUAAUAUGUUGUACUUCAGUAAUAAGAGUGUCAAACUUAAAAUGGGGAGAAUCCAAUGGUUAAAAUCUGAAUAGUAUUAUAACUAUUUUAAGGCCUUCAUAGGUAAAUAAAAUAACUACUUUUAAAUUCAUUUACAUAAAUUUACAGAAAACUCAUUAGUUGUCAGAUCCAGUAUGUUAAAAUAUUAUUAUAUAUAUUAUUAAUUUAUUAGUAUUAAAUCUUGUUAGGAUUUUGAAAGCUUCAUAAGUUAUGUGAUACAUAUUUUAAAGAUGAAAUAAAUUUGGUAUGUAUUUUGUUUAAAUAUAACUAUCAUUGUAUUGGGAGACUAAUGCCUAAUGUUUAAUAACUAUUUUGUCUAGAAACAUUGCUUACUUGAUUUUUUUUUCUUGAUUUUUAUUUAUCUACACUGUUUGGUAUGCAGUUUGUUAAAACAAAUUUAUAAUUUCUUUGAAUUUAUUUCCAAGAUUUUUCAUUCCCCAGAAGACACUGUUUUACUAAUUUUUUAAA